AUGGCUGAACCCAACUCGUACGAGGAGCAGCGCAGGAGGCAGGUGGAGGAGAACAAGCGGAAGCUGGAGGAGCUGCGCCUGCACCGCCUCUCCGCCGCCGUGCGCGAGGCCGCCGUCAAGCCCAUGCCGAUCCAGGAGCUGAAGCUGCGGUAUCUUCGCCCGCCGCCGCCCCCGACCCGGCGGUCCGGCCGCGUCGCCAGUCUCCCCAAGCAACCUGAUUACCGCGACAAGAAAGCCCCGAGGGCAUAUGUUAAUAGAAGGGGAUUACCACCUGAUCGUGUGUACGCGACCGACGAAGCUAGAGACUACGCCUUCACCAAGGCCAAAGAGCUCAAUAACCUGCUGUCCUCUGCUCACCCCUCCUUCAUCAAGCCCAUGACCCAUUCUUAUGCCACGGGUAGCUUGCUGGCCAACUCGCUUGGCCAUCUGGAGCAGAUCGAUAGGUAUGCCCUUGGCCAUCAGGUCAGAUUCGGGAGCUUGAAUUACGUUGCGGACAUCCGUAGAGAUUUGAUCUUCGACGGAUUCGAGACCACGGCAGCCGCUCCCCAUUGCCUCGAUGAACAUGGCUUAAACUUGUCAUCGGGCAACACCCAGGAGAUAGCUCCUGUAGCAGCCCCGGCUUUAAAUCUGGAGCAGAUCAAAUCGCCCGAUGAUGGGAAGCUUGACUCCAUCACGGGGGCUACCGAUUCCGCGGUGUUGGAGCCGCACGCAGAUUCAUCAACGAAACCCCGGACUCGCCUCUGA